AUGGAAUUAGUAAUUGCACUCAGUGUACUUAUAAAAGAAGAGCAUUUGCACAGUUUGCAAGGUAACACAGAGGCAAAGGAAACCAACCAACAGCGUAUACCAACUAAGAUGUCUCAAGCUACAUACGAUGAGGUGGAAAUCGAAGAUAUGACCUUCCAUCCAGAACUGCAAAUUUUCACAUAUCCAUGUCCUUGUGGAGAUCGAUUCGAAAUUGACAUUAUGGAUAUGCUUGACGGUGAAAACAUCGCUGUUUGUCCAAGUUGUUCUUUGAUGAUCGAUGUUAUUUUUGAACCGGAAGAUUUAGAAGAGUUCUUGGAAACUUCUGGUAAAAAAAGUAAGUCCGUGGCUGUCACUGCCUAA